UUAGUGAUAAUAAAAUGUUUUAAAAGUUUGUGUUGCUUUUGGAUGUAGCACACACAAAUAAAAGAAGAUAUCCACAAGCAGACGCAUUACCUUGUAUCACAAAACAAAGGCCACAAGUUCUCAACCCUUAUUCCUAGUUUUCACACAAUGGAGGCACAGAAGGUGGUGUUAAAGGUUCUCACUAUGAUAGAUGAGAAAACAAAGAAGAAAGCAAUAGAAGCAGCUGCAGAUAUCUAUGGGGUUGAUUCAAUUGCUGCAGAUGUGAAGGAACAGAAGUUAACAGUGAUUGGUGAAAUGGAUGCAGUGGCAUUGGUGAAGAAGCUGAAGAAAGUAGGGAAGGUGGAUAUAGUAUCAGUUGGACCUGCCAAGGAAGAGAAGAAGGAAGAAAAGAAAGAGGAAAAGAAGGAAGAGAAAGCAGAAGAGAAGCCAGAAGAGAAACAGGAAGACAAAAAAUAAAAUACAAUUUUUUUUCUUCUUUACAAAUUCAUCCCCCUUCUUUAAUAUUUUCCUAUAUAGAUAGAUACUAAGCUGCAAAUUAUUCAUAUAAAUUAUGAAUAAUGAAAAGUUUUAUUGGUUCAGAUGACUUUUUUGAGUAUGAUGGUAUUAAUCUCCUGCUUCUAAAUUGUACCAAGAGUGUGUACAAGGCAAAACAAAAUUAAUGGAAUAGUGAAAAUCCUCUUC